CCUGUUCCCCAGACAGAACGUCAUUUGUUUACGAGCUCAGCCCCUCCAUUGCCCGCUCCUUCCUCAGCCGCACUUUGCACGUGUGAGCGCUGUGCAGGUCCACAAAGACCGUGUGCGAGCACUACUACCACCCUAUACUGGCGACCUUGUUCGCUUGUCCGUCGCCAUGAGCGGCAUGCGUGCGCAUCUCGCCAACCGCCUUCGCAGUUCGUCGCUCUCCGCUGUCCCUCCACCACGCCAGAGCUCAGAUUAUUCAGUCGACCUGGCCAAGGCCGCUGCUUCCAUUCUCUACCGCAGUCCCGUACGGUCUAAGGAGGGGAGGCCUGUGUUUAUCCUCAACGCUGCUGCCCUCCCAGAUACGCACGAGACCGACUUCGACCAGCUUCUCCCCUAUGUCCUCGCACGCUUGCCAGAGGAGGAUGAGCUGCUGAAGGGGUACGAGUACGAGGUUGUCUUCUUUGCAGGAGACGGCGAUGGCUCAGUCACGUCGAAAAAACACCGGCCGGGCUGGGGUUGGUUCCUGCAAGCGUACCAUGUGCUGUCUCGUGCCAUGCGGAAGAGGCUGCAGCGGCUCUACAUUGUGCACGAGAAGGCUUGGGUGAGGAUCUUAACCGAGAUCUUCUCGACCAUCGUCAGCCCCAAGUUUAGGAGGAAGAUCUACCACGCCUCCAACCUGACCCAGCUUGCGCUCUACAUCCCGAUCGGGAAUCUCCUCAUACCGCCCUCGACAUACCUCACCGACCGCCGCAUCUCCGAUGACAUCUUCGUCCCGUACGCCAGCGGCCGUCGUGCGUUUGCGGCGCGCAAUCCGUUCCCCAACACCAGCAGAGGCACAACGCGCUUCCCACGAGUCCUACGAGAGACUACAAGCUUCAUACUGCUGGAGGAGAACAUAACAUCCGAGGGCUUGUUCCGCAUCCCAGCACACUCCAAGCUGCGCGAGGUGCUCAAGGAGGCAUACGACCGCGGCCAGAAGUACAUCAUAUGGAAAGACAACGGUGUCACACUGCCAGUGCCAGCAUACCCCGAAGCAGAAUACCAGGACGAGAUCAUCGCAGAGGUGGACCCCAAGGAUGCAUACUCGGUGUUCAUGGCAGCCGCGCUGAUCAAAGCGUGGUACUCGAGUUUGCGCCAGCCAAUCUUCCCUUCGGAGUCGUAUCGGGAUUUGAAGAGACUGUUUGGCGACCCUCAGCAAGUCCCUGAUGUUGACCAGCUUCGAGACCUGUUCUCGCCAAGCUCUGAGUGGUCUUUCCUACCUGCUAUCUCGCGAGAGGUCGUGGUCAGGCACCUUCUACCGCUUCUCCACGAGGUAGCGUCGCGGCAGGAGCAGAACAAGAUGACAGCUGAGAACUUGGCUGUCUGCUUUGCGCCUGCGCUACUGUGUGGACCGGACCAGAUCGAGGAUGCUAAAAUGUCUUCGAUAAUCAGGAGGAUAUUCACACAUGCUGUCGACAUGUGGGACCACGGCUUGCGGGAAGCGUGCGGUCAGGAAGUGAACGCUUUCAGAGACCAGCUGCAACUACCUAAUGACAUGAGCGAAUGGGACGACCCAGUCGAAGUCAAGAGAGGGGACAGCAGGGAUUCAAUCGACGAGCAGAUGAGCGGCAUCACCUUGCAGGACAGCGAGAAGGCACCCGAAUCGUACGCAGACUACCCCCAAGCCACAUCGUCAGCGAUGAAGCCUCCACACCUACCUCCUCGAUCUCGCGUACCAUCGGCCAAGUCCUCCGGUGACUCUGUUCAGAGGAGGCCAGCCCCUCCUCUAGCAGUACCUCCGAGGUAUUCUGCAGUCGUUUCAGAUGCACCUGAUGAUGUCGCCGAAUCACCCAUAACCUACGCAGCGACCACGGAUGGCUUCUCGCCACGACGACAGGGGUUCGAUCAAGCGCAACGGGCAACUCACCCUGAUGAGAAGAAGUCCGGUACGGCAGUCCAAGUUCCUAUUCUUGCUUCUUCGUCUGCUGCAAAGGAUGCGAAGCCUGCUACUUCGGCUGCUCCCACCCCUGCUUCUGCUCCUCAAAUCAUUCUCCCUAAGAGGAAAGCCCUGACCCCAGCACAGGUUGAUAAUGUGGAGAAGUCCGCCGACAAGCAGGAUCAAGCACGCAAGAUCUCUGAACAUGGCCUCGGCCGCUUCUUCCCACAGGGCCAGGCGUUGCCGGGCCUCACUGAUUUGCCUGGCAUUGACACAACAGGCAACAAGAGGUGGGUGAGUCCGACGUCGUAUACACCAAGCGAGACUACCUCGCCGAGUACCACGCUAUCUCCUACACAACUAGGCCCCAAACCUGCAUCGGCAACGGAGACUCGAAGACCCAGCGUUCCCUUCGCCAACCGCACACCUCAGAUCACAGGUCUCGCACGACCAGUCUAUCCCGCGCCAACAACAAACACACACAUCCACCCCGUCACCGGGCGCCCUCCCUCAAAGUCCACCAGCCUGCCCGUCCCCGCGCCAAAGCCUCGAGCAGUCAGUCCAGGACUGCUGAAGCGCAUGCCCAGCUUGGAGCAAACCAACAAGCCCGAACCCGAGCGCUUGGCACCGCGCAAGCUGAACUUGAAGAAGGCGUCUGUGGAGGAUCUGAGGAAAUUGUAUGAGGAGCGGGCGGGGACGGCGAACGUGUUGGUCGAGGUUAGCAGGCAGAGGAGUUUGAGCGUUAGCCCUAGUAUACGGGAGUGAAGCGUGGUCUGCAGCGUGUAGUUUGUUGGAUACCCUGGUUGAGCAUAUAUUGGUGUUGUAGAAUAUGGGCUUGUAAUCACUUUUCAAAACCGAACUUUGUGAAAUCCGAACUUUGUGAAAUCUUGUGGCUGCC